UUUUCUUGCGAUAUGGCGUUUAAAAAAAUUAUAAUAAAUUAUAUUCAGGUUUUUUCAAAAAUUCCAACUAUAAAUUAUUUGCCUUAUGUUCAAACAAUUAGCAAUUUCCCUAAGCUAUUGUGAAUUGAUCAUAAACAAUGGCAUUUAGGGGUUGAUUUCGCACAGCUGUUUCGACACCCUUUUGUUACUAUCGUGGUCCAAAACAAAUGCUGCUAUUACCAUACUACUUGGUAUAGUAAAAUUAUUAUUAUUUAUUAAAUAUGAAAUUAAAGCGUUACAUCAAUCAACUGUGGCUUCGACAUCGCAAUACCGAUGAAAAUUGGUAUACGUAUCUAUUUUUUCUGGUGCUUCGAGUUGUACUGGUCUUCAUACCACAAAAGGGCUAUGUACAUCCUGAUGAGUUUUUCCAAUCCGUGGAAGUGAUGACUGGUGAUCAUUUCCAAUUGGAACAUGUACGCACUUGGGAAUUUAACAAUACAAUGCCGUUACGUAGUAUAACAUUGCAAUUCGUACUGCUGCGAGUGCCCUGGAGUUUUCUGGAGUUUUUCGCAUUGUACACGCGUCGCUAUCUGGACAUAGAAUUGUUACAAAGUUACACAUACUUAGUUUUCCCACGCUUAAUAAUGUGUGCGUUGUCUUUUAUCAACGAUUGGAGUAUGUAUCGCAUAUGUCGUUUAUUCAGCCUAAACUAUGAAAUACGUCUACUAGCGCUUGGCAGUUCUUGGGUUAUGUUAAUUUUCGGAACCCGUACGUUUUCAAACACCAUAGAAUUAGCUUUGUGCUCACUGCUGCUAGCGCUUGUCGCCGAAUGUAUGAUAAAAACAAAUACUAUUAUUUACAAGAAGGAAAUGCUUGAGGAACGUUACGACAAGGCGAAAUCUAUAAGCGAACGUGUACGAAUGUGGCGUCUGUGUAAAUCGCUACCAGCACACAACUACUCGCAUACACUACUAGUGGCCAGCAUUUGUGUGGUAGGUGUCUUCAACAGGCCAACAUUUAUAGUUUAUGGCGCACCAAUGGUAUUUUAUUGGCUGCUACGCGGUAUGGGUACGAAAACGAUAACUUUUCGUGACUUCAAUUUUCGCAUGCUGCUGUUCUGCUUAAGUGCGCUACCCGCACUUGUAUUCUUCAUAAUUUGUGAUUCAUUUUAUUACAAAUACCUAACGGUUGGUGAACUGCAAAUGUUGCAAUUGAGCAUUAACAACUUCGUCAGCACACCUUGGAACUUCAUUAAAUACAAUUUGGAUGCGAAAAAGACCGCUGAACAUGGUAUACAUCCGAAGUAUUUACACCUCUUGGUUAAUAUACCAUUACUGUACAACGUGCUCGGUGUAGUGACUGUGGUAUCAUUUGCAUAUCUCUUGACACGCUUUCUACGUGCCGAAUACCAGGGCUUGCCGCGUGCGCAGAGCAUUAUCAGCUUGAUGACAAGUGCUAUAUUUGUGCCACUCUUCUUUCUAUCACUCAUCAACCAUCAGGAACCACGUUUUCUUCUGCCACUACUCUUUCCUAUCGUACUGUUACACGCGCCCAAACUAUAUCAUGGGCUUUGCCCCAACUACCCUUUUAAGGAGGAACAUCCGUUAAUGCGUAAAAUUUACAAUAUGCUGCUUUGUACGCAGGCAUCUGCGCGACCAUUACUGAAAACCUGGUACAUGUGCAACAUUGCGCUGGCAAUAUUCUUUGGCUUCAUCCAUCAAGCUGGUAUCUUUCCACUCACGCAGCAUUUGGAGACGGUCAUGCAAAGUAAAGCGCCCGCGGAGCAUAUACAUCUCAUAACCUCGCACAUCUACAAUGUACCAUUGACUUUUAUGAAUAUGCCCAGCACACAAGUGUUGCAUUUGCACCGUGAAACUGGACGACGUUUUCGUCGACACAAAGAUUUCUACAUCUAUGAAUAUGGUAGCCUCAGCAUGCCACAGCUGGUGGCUAAAAUAAAGCUCAUACAGUCAUAUUGCGAAAAUAAAUAUGUGAGCAAACAGCAGAAAUAUCGUCUCUAUUUAGCGUUGCCCGCCUCAUUAAGUGACAACAUGCUCGCAGAAUUGCAAACAAGUGGCGCUAGCUCCAAUAUGCGUACACAACUAAAACGUAUCUUCUAUCCACAUAUAUCGACAGAGGCGCUGCCACGCCUAAAUUUUAGAAAUGAUUUUAAAACGACGGCACAUUCCAAGCUAAGUUACAGUUAUGUGAGUGCACAAUUGUCGUUGUUCGUUAACGAAUUCGGUUUAGCGCUCUAUGAGCUACAACCUGCACGCAAAAGUCAAACGGAGAAGCUGCAGACCGUUAAGUUGUCCAAACGGAAAAUAUAAGUGCUUUGAAAUUAAUAAUUUUAACAAGUUAUGCUCGCUGACAAGUUAUUCACUCUAGUCAUGUACUACGUUCAUAGCUGUAUGAACGUACUGCUUAGUUUUUACAUUCCACUGUAUUAUUUAUAAAGUAUUUUUCUUAAUAAAAUAUAAAUUUAUACACAUAAA